UAUCUUUAUUAUUUGGUCAAAAUGAUUACUCAAGCUAAGAAAUAAAUAAAUGAUGAUUAUUAGAUAGAAAUCAAAAAGAUAGUUGAAAAACGAAGACAAAAAAACCAAUAUACUAAAGAGGAUAAGUUCUAGGAGUAAUUUUUGUAGUAAAAGGAAUUAAAAUUAUAGAAGUAUGUAGAAUUUAUUGAGGUGAGUAUACCAAAAUCAAUUCAAUUAAACAACAGUUUUAGACUAAAAUCAAAUGUAUAAAUUCCUAGGAAUGCAAAUAAUCAAUAUAAACUAGGUUAACUUAAUAUCGAUUUUUAUUGUUAUAAUUACAAGAUUAACAGAAUUGAUAGGCAUGGUAAUAUUACAACUGUUACAUUUGAUCCAAUUUAGAAAAGUCUUACUCCUUUUGAAAAUAUUAUUCAUAUUUUAAGUAGAGGAAAUCAAUAUUUGAGAUCAUCUAUUGAGAAAUUGCAUUACAAAAAAUUAGAUUCAUCAUAAUUUUUUGUGUUAAAGGAACAAGACUUAUUUAAUUUUGAGAAUAUGAUUGAUAAACCAUGUACUGGGUAUAUAUCGAAGGUAUUAGAUGAUCAAAUAAUUACUUAGUAAAGAUUUAUGAAUGACUUAUAUUUAAAUUCAAUAGGAAUAAAUUAUGAGAUGGUCAUCCAUCAUGCAAUGGAGACUGGGUAUUUACCCAUUCCUUUAUAUUUCUCAGAAAAUUAUCAAAGUUUAUAACAUCUAAGUAAUUUCUUUAUUUUAAACACUUUUAACCAGUGUAUUAAUAAUAUGCAAGGAUGCAAUUAUAAUGGUUAAUAUUUUCCUGUUAAAAUUGAGUUUCAUAACUAUUAUUUUUACAAUCAAAAUGAGAAAUGUUAUUAUGAAUAUUUAUUUUUCAUUUAUGAUAUUGAUAAGAAGUGGAUAUCAAGAAAGAAGGUAGAAGAAAAUUAUUUAGAUUACUUUAACUUAAAAAAAGAUAAAGUUUAAGAAACUUAUGAAUAUUAUAAUUCUGAAUAAAGAUGUGGUUAUAGAAAUAUAUGA